CUUCGGUGUGUGCUGUACGUCGCUGAGUGUACGGAGAUGAGGAGAGAGUCUGGUCAGCUUGCACAUCGACCUAAGGAAUUGUGAAUGUUUGCGCCCUGCUAGUUUCUUUUUUGGAUAUAAUUGGCGCAAAUAAUUUUCAAUAACAUAUUUUUCAACGGGUGAUAUUUGUCACGGAUAUAUUGUUUUCCUCAACACUGUCUGUCACUGGAGACAGCGGUCAUCUCGGGUGAGCGAAAACGACAGAAUCGGAACGGAAAGUAUCUUCAUAAUACGGACUUUUUUUUGGCUUGGAUGUUAAGCUUUCCCGUUUGGAUUUAAACUGAACACAGACUGGAAUAUGUCGCUUUUGAUGACUUAACAGUCAUUGCCGGUUAUUUAUAAAUGUUAUUUGAAUUGCACCUCAUCCCCAACCACCGCCCUCGGUACGCGCUCCGCCUGGCUCCAGAUGAGCAGUUCUCCUCUCGGAUCUGAAGUCAGUUCACGCAGUCGGAGCCCAGAGAGCGUUGAGAAUAUCCCUGUCGGCGGUAGUUUCACCCGUAAAUUUUGGACACAGAAGUCCUUGGGCACAGCUUUGGCACCCUCGGAUCCUUUACGCCAAGAAAAGAGACUACCCAUCCGGAUUCUUAAAAUGUUGACCGCUCACAGUCACAUACUUCACCCGGAGUAUUUACAACCUCUUACUUCCGCACCAGUAAGCAUAGAGCUGGAUGCCAAAAAGAGUCCUCUAGCCCUGCUGGCCCAAACCUGUUCACAGAUCGGAAAGCCAGACCCACCUCCAUCCUCUAAACUUGCUUCCCUCAGCUCUAAUGGUCACAGUGACAAAGACUCCAGCACACGCUCCUCUGGGUCGUCCAUCAAAUCAGGAGACCAGCACCAGUCCCUGGACGACAAGUCCAGCUUCAAGCCCUACUCCAAGGCAGGUGGUGGCAGUGGAGAGUGCCGCAAAGACGGACUCCUGAAUGGUGGCAUGUCGGACAAGGCUGGUUUUCGGGUUCCCGGAGGCAGCAGCGGCGGUACAGUCACGUGCCCCUCCUUCCCUCCCCACGCCACCUCGCCCCGCACCAGCUCCCCCCCUCAGCACACGCCGCCCCAUGCACACCAUCGGCAGCAGUCCCAGCCCUCCCCCACCAUCGCCACCGGCCUCACCCUCAGCCAGAAAUCCUCCCACGCACAGUCCCAGUACACAGACUCCUCCAAGGCUGCUGGCGACCCGAGCUCUGGGGACAGUGGGAGUGGCGGCAGCAACAGCAGCAGCGGUGGUGUGGUGAAGAAAGAGCCUGAGCAGCAGCCGCAACACAGCAAGGCCGACCGACUGGACCAUGCACAGAUCGCCAACUCCAGCCACGCCAGGGCCAGUGCCAACUCCAGCAAUGCCAGCUCGGCCGCAAGCCCGCAGCCGGACAGCAAGGCACAGGACGCGCAGCUCGCCCCCCAGUCCGGCCUGCCCGGCGCCGGGCACGUGGCCCCCGUCUCCCCCUUCAAGCCGGGACACUCCGUCUUCCCCCUGCCCCCUUCCUCCAUGGGCUACCACGGCUCCAUCGUGGGAGCGUACGCCGGCUACCCCUCGCAGUUCGGGGCGGGCAUGGCCGGGCUCCCAGGGAAGCACCCUAGCUCCAGUCCACUCACGGGUGCCUCUCCGCCAUCCUUCAUGCAGGGCCUGUGUAGGGACCCGUACUGCCUCACCUACCCCAACGCCCCGCACCUGGGCGGCAGCAACUGCACCACGUGCGUCCACGACCCCUCCACCCUGAAGUCCGCCGGCUUCCCCCUGAUGUACCCGUCGCAUCACCUGCACUCGCUGCACCCCAGCGCCCUGGCAUCGGCGUCCGCCGGCGCCACGCACUCCCUCUCGCACCCGCUCUACACCUACGGCUUCAUGCUACCCAGCAACGAGCCGCUGCCACACGCCUGCAACUGGGUGUCGGUGGGCGGCCCGUGCGACAAGCGCUUCGCCACCUCCGAGGAGCUGCUGGCGCACCUGCGCACGCACACGGCGCUGCCGGGCGGUGUGGACGGCAGCAAGCUCCUAUCAGCUGCCGCCGCCGCCUCCGCCUACCAAUCGUCCGUCUCCUCGGCCACCUCCUGCCACCUCCACCUGCCGCCGCCCACCAGCCCCGGCGGCGCCCUGCCCGCCUCCUACUCCCUGCGCGGCUCGCCCAGCCUGAGCCUGGCGCGCUACCACCCCUACGCGGGCAAGGCCCAUCUGCCAGGCGCGCCGUCCCUGCCCCCCAUGCACUCUCUUCCGGGCUCCUCGCCCUACUACUCGCCGUACUCCCUCUACAGCCAGAGACUGGCCUCGGCCUCGGCCCUGGGGUACCAGUGACCCGCCGGCGGAAAUUGCUUGCUAUCGAGCUGAGCAGAGCAGAGCAAAUCGGCAUGGACAGACUCCUAAAGGACAGACUCCAGUGACUGCUGAUGAAAAAAAAAUUCACCUGCUCGCCCGCCCGUCUGCCUACCUGCCAGACACAAGCCCCAUGAAUGUGCACAAGCUGGCUUAGGUCCGACUCCACAAUAUGCCCUUGCCCAAUGCCUCAGUCAAAACACAGUAGGGCAUAGGGUUCGGAAAGCUGAUUCAUCUGCGUGGAGUGUCCAUAGAGAGGCCUGUUCCUGUGGCCCAGACUGCUGCCCCAUCGCAGCGAGUGGAGGACAGAGACAGCAGAGAGAUAUAUUCAAUGCAGGAAGAAAUUGGAGAUGCAAAGAAAGAAAAAAGACGAGUGCUGUUUGUCCAGAUAGGUCAAAGACUGACACUCAGAAAAUGCAGCACUAUGUCCGCAGGUUUAUUUGAAGAGUGCGCCCCCCUCCCUUCCCCUCUACGUAUCUUUGUCCUGGACUGAAGAGAACUGAGAUUAUGUAUUUAUUAUUUUUUUCUGAGCGCUUGGCUUUCAACUUGGAAGAAGUUUAAGUACACACCCCAUUAUCAUUCUUGCUACAAUAAUCAUUUAUGAAUAUUAUUACGGUCAUCCAAACAAGCCUUUGAAAAAGAUUUCAUGGUGAGGUGAUGUUCACAGACUUUUUUCCAACACUUUGACUUCAGUACGUUUUUUUGUUUUUGUCUGUUUGUUUGUUUUGUUUUUUUCCGUUCAGUUCUUUGCUGUUCAAGUUCCUUUGAAGAAAUACCCUUGCGCAUGUCAUCAAUGGCAACCGGAGUGUUCAUGAAAAUAAAAUUGCCAUUUAUUUUGUACAGUCAAAAAAGAAUAAAAAACAAAAGAUGUGAUAUAUUUUCUAUUGUAAUGGGAGUUUGCAGGUUGGGAUGGCUCACACAAAAAUAGGACAAUUGUGACAAGAGGAAAUUAGAAUAUAAAAAUGUAGCGAUGGCAGAGCUAUCCAUUUACCUGAAAAAGUCUUAUUUUGUGUAAUAAAUGACA